AUGGUUUACACUACCAGACAAAUUGGUGCUAGGAACACUCUUGAUUUCAAAAUUUUCAUUGAGGAAGAUGGUAAGCCAAUCUCUGCUUUCCACGACAUCCCAUUGUAUGCUGACAAAGAAAACAACAUCUUCAACAUGGUUGUUGAAAUUCCACGUUGGACCAAUGCCAAGCUUGAAAUCAACAAAGAACAAGCUUUGAACCCAAUUGUUCAAGACACCAAGAAAGGUAAGUUAAGAUUUGUUAGAAACUGUUUCCCUCACCAUGGUUACAUCCAUAACUACGGUGCUUUGCCACAAACCUGGGAAGACCCUAACGAAGCUCACCCAGAGACCAAAGCUGUUGGUGAUGAUGAUCCAAUCGAUGUUCUUGAAAUCGGUGAAGGCAUUGCUUACAGUGGUGAAGUCAAGCAAGUCAAGGUCCUAGGUAUCAUGGCUCUAUUGGACGAAGGUGAAACCGACUGGAAGGUCAUUGCUAUUGAUGUCAGAGAUCCAUUAGCUCCAAAGAUGAACGACAUUGAAGAUGUUGAAAAAUACUUCCCAGGUUUAUUGAAGGCUACUAAUGAAUGGUUCAGAAUUUACAAGAUUCCAGAUGGUAAACCAGAAAACCAAUUUGCUUUCUCUGGUGAAGCUAAGAACAAGAAGUACACCUUGGAUAUUAUCAAGGAGACUCAUGAAUCCUGGAAGAAGUUGAUUGAAGGUAAGUCUGUAGAUGACAAGGGUAUUUCCUUGGCUUCCACCACUUUGAAGGAUAUCCCAACUUUCUCUACUUCUGUUGCUGGGACCAUCCCAGCUGCUUCUGCUCAAGCCGAUGCUCCAAUUGACAAAUCUAUUGACAAGUGGUUCUUCAUUUCUGGUUCUGCUUAA